AUGGACGCCAACGCAGGAAGAUUUUCGGAGAGCUCUGGGCCCGCGAGGGGCAUCGCGAUCGUCUCCGUGCUCGUCAUCCUCAUCUCCAUUGUGAUUUUCUGCUUGGAGACUUUACCAGAGUUCAGGGAGGACCCGAGGACUUUUGACGAGCAGCAGCUGGUGAACGGUACCGCGCGCGUAAAGAAGCCAAACCCCUUCACGGACCCGUUCUUCAUCGUGGAGACCCUGUGCAUCAUCUGGUUCUCCUUCGAGCUGCUGGUCCGCUUCCUGGCGUGUCCCAGCAAGCCUGCGUUCUUCAAAAACAUCAUGAACACCAUCGACAUCGUGGCCAUCAUGCCGUACUUCAUCACGCUGGGGCUGGAGCUCGCGGAGCACCAGGGGAACGGGCAGCAGGCCAUGUCGCUGGCCAUCCUCAGGGUAAUCCGCCUGGUGCGCGUCUUCCGCAUCUUCAAGCUCUCCAGACACUCCAAGGGGCUGCAGAUUCUGGGGCAGACCCUCAAGGCGAGCAUGCGGGAGCUCGGGCUGCUCAUCUUCUUCCUCUUCAUCGGGGUCAUCCUCUUCUCCAGCGCGGUCUACUUCGCGGAGACAGACGACCCGGACUCGGGCUUCUCCAGCAUCCCGGAUGCGUUCUGGUGGGCGGUGGUUUCCAUGACCACGGUGGGCUACGGGGACAUGUGUCCGGUCACCAUCGGGGGGAAGAUCGUGGGCUCGCUGUGCGCCAUCGCCGGCGUGUUAACCAUCGCGCUGCCGGUGCCCGUCAUCGUGUCCAACUUCAACUACUUCUACCACCGGGAGACGGAGCACGAGGAGCAGUUCCAGUACACGCACGUGACCUGCGGGCAGCAGCAGCUGCAGUUUGGAGAGUUCAACCAGAGCGACAGCAAACCGUCUCUGUGCAAGUCUGACUACCUGGACUGCAGCGAGGACGCGGAAUCCAUCAAACACACCAACUGCAGCCCUCACAAAGCGUACACCGGGAAACUCACGGAUGUCUGAUCGCUUUUGGAGCCAGAAUUACGCACGAGGGGCGCGCAGAGGAAUCUUCCAGUGCCAUCAAACAUGUGUGGUUUGAGUUUGGUGAGCUCCUUAUUUCUGCCAUCAAGGGAUUAAUUUAAAAUGGAUUAUAACUCACAUUUAUCCAAACGGUCUUCCAUUACGCGGCACGAGAGGAGAGAGAAACGCUUAGAAAUGAUCAGCCUAUAGCUAAUUGUAGCACUUUAUUAAUAUUAUUGUUAUUAUUAAUGUUUCUCUUAGUAAAUGCGUAAUUUAUUGCCAAAAUAAUGCAGGUUUAAAGUUUACAUUUGCGUUUUUUAUUUCCGAAGCAGAGACACAAAACACGACUAAUUUAACCUAAACACACACACACACACACGCACACACGCACACACACAGGCUCCACAUGGUUUAAAUGCUCAGCUGGUGAAGCGCGCCCCCGUGUGGAGGAGAAGCAGCGCUGCGUCCCCGCUGGAUGCAGUUUCUAUAGCAACCUUCCAGACUGUUCUGUAUUGUCUGAACAGGAUUUGGACACGAGGCCACACAAACCUCCAAGUUGUUGGAUUCCAACUGAAUUCACCUGAAACAAAAGAUGACAUUCAACACAUUUAAACGAGUGACCUGUUGUCUCCGAGCUGAGCCAACUAUUAUUCUAAUAUCUGGUGAUUAGGCUUAAAACACGCUGACAAACAACAAGAAAUGUCCGUCUCAGGUUCCCAGAGACACGAUGGAACUUACACGUGUUCAUCUCAAGGGACACGAUAGAAUAGUUUCUAAAAGAAAAAGAUAAUAUUUUGGAUGUUUUCGUACAGCACGUCUGGUAUUUAUUGAUUUAAUGCAACAAGCUGAUGUUUUUAUAUCAACACGAGUCCUGAGGCUCCAUGUUUUAGUGUUGACGUAUAUUCCAUCAGCAAGAAGUCAACACAGAAACAAAAACUCAAUCUGAUACAAAGAUGUCAAAUAAAAGAUAAAUACAAAAAUAAUUACAGAUCAUCCGGUAAAAGUGCCGAAAUCUGAAUCUCUGGCAUUGAAUCACGAAAUUCAUGCAAAUUUUCCGUUUUCUUUGCUUCCAUAAAAACGCUGACACUGAUAUUUCUGUGAUCAGCUGAUCAGUCGAGCUCGUUUUCACUUGAGGAAUUACUUCAAGUGAAAAAGUGUAUUUUCUGUCUCAGACCGACUUCAGCACGUACCCCGAUAUUAACCCGAGCACUUCCUGGUUGACUGCUCCGUGAAACAACAGGUCACUUGCUGAGUUUGAAGUUUCCAUAAGUCGCUCCAUCAUUAAAGCACCUUAUUCAUCUGGACUCCAAACCAGUCGACCAAACCUGAUGGGAUGAAGAAGAAACUGAGGGAAUAAGAAACGUUCCAUCAGACGUCACAAGUUGGAUUAUUAUCUGAAGGAGUUUAAACACAAAGAUGGACAGACGGCUCUCCAGCUCAGACGUCCCUCAGAACCCCGAGGACCCGUCACACAGAGCGAUGAAGAACGACGAGCCGCUCCUCCACCAAACCAAAAGAGUUCAACAUCCCCGCUUCCCCCGUCCUCCUCCUGCAUCUUCCUCCUCUGAUGAAGGUGAAAUAAAACAAACUCUGGAUAAAAACACUGACACUCAUACGGAGCUAUGAGACGCCUUUCCAUUACAAGAGGACAUCCUGACUGAUGUUUGCACAGAGCAAAGCUGCAGUUGGACUCUGAGGUACGACAAACGUUACUUGAAUCAUCUGCUACGUGUAUUUACAAAAUGUCUGCUGGCUAACGGAGUCCAACACAUAUUCAUGAAAAGAACUUGUAGGUCCUGUCUGUACGUUGCAUAUCAUAUUCAAACCAAAACAUAUUAUUGCAUGCUUGGAAAUUAGAGCAUGUGAACAGAAGAGAACAAGUUUGUGUUGACGGCUCAACCCGAGCGCCGCUAAUCUGAAACACGGGAACAACAACAACAGCUCAUUGAUAAAGUUUAUUCAAAUAAUUCUGUUUGACUGGUGGAGUUAGUUGCUAAAUCUAUAUUUUUUAAAGUAUCAUACUAUAUAUGUUUUAUAUGGAAAGGACUUGGUUAAUUAUUUUGUAGAUUUUUAACAUUUUUGCUAACGUGUUUGAUUUGUUUUUUAAUUUUUGCCUCGGCAGCUCUGAUGGAAAUGUCUGCCUGCCAAAAACACUUUAAAAAAAGAAAACCUGCCCCUAUAACAAGAUUGUUUGUGUGGAAAAAAAGACAGUUAAAAUGCAUUUAUCGCAGACAUUUGACAUCUGAUUUUCUUAAUAAUAAUUCAUUUUAAUUUUCUAAUUUAGAUUUUGAAUGUUUCCGAUUGUGUUUGGGUUUUGAUCACAAUGCUGUAUAUCUGUUAUUAUUGAUAACAUCUACCUCAGUGUCCGCUCCUUUACGACAGAAGCUUUAACACCUGAAUGACGUUUGUGUCCGUCUGGAAACCUGGACUUAGUUUUCAAAUGCCUCUCUAAUUAUCUGGUGCAAUUCAAUAAACCCAAACGCUCUAUAAACUGCCAUUUGAUAACUUAGAGACAUCCAAAAGCAUGCUAACGAUGCUAGAGGAAAUGCAUACCAAACCAUAUUAACGAGGGUUGAAUAUGACUACAGUAGAACAACUUAGAGCCUGACAUCACAAUUUUCUUUGCACAUUUUAAUUUAUACGUGAAAUUGUUCAGAAGUGUGUGUGUGAGCGAGUGUGACUGUUUUUGAUAAUUUAAUUGUUGAUUUAAGGGCAAUAAUGUACUACAGAGGUUUCCUACCAUUGAAUAAAUGGAGUGGGUCAGCCAGUCUUAAAAAAAACUGAUACUCCUAAAUUUAUUUAAUUCUAUGUCUAAAAUGCUCUUUCAGAGGUUUCUCCCAGCGUGACAAGAAUCCAGUCCCGGUUGUGACGUUUAAUUCCUGUACAUUUCAGACACAAACCUGGUGACGUUUUUUUAGGAAUAAUCUGACAAGUUGGGGAAACCUUCUGUCUGGUUUACGUGGUUUUAGGAUUAGUUAGCGCUGGAGCUAUUUGGUGACCAACAACGGCUGUGAUAAAGUGAUAAAAGUCAUAACAUGCACCAAUGAAAAUGUAUGAUUUACAGUACACACAUACAGGUCCAGGACUUUAGCCUAGCUUAGCAAAAAGACUCGAUGCAGGGGAUAUGCUAGAAAAAGACGAAUGCACCUUCAGACAACUAUAAAGCCGACGUCUGAUUUACAUGUUAUAUAUCUUCUUUAUUAAAUGGGUGUAGAAAUAGAAGUGUAAAAGUGAAACGUUGUUUUAGAAGUUGUUAGCGUUGAAGCUACUUGUUGACAACCGACAGCUAGCAUCUCAAAAGUCCUGUCCUCACGGUGGGGUUGUCUGGUUUGACCUCGGUCUCAACUACAUUAGAAAGCUUCACAUUCUUAAUCCUAAAACAUGUAGGAACAAGGCCAAACGCCUUUCUUGAAACUGAAAAACAAUGCGUGUAUCCGCCUCGUGAUUCGGAUCCGCUCCAAAAUUGAAUGGACACCAAGUUUCAUAAAAAUGGGGCCAGUAGUUUUCCUGUAAUCGUGCUGACAGGCAAACUAAGAGACAACCAACAUAACUUCCUUUUAACGGAAGCUAACAGUUUCCCCUUACUUCAAGACUUUGUGCUAAGCUAGGCUAAACACACCCUGGACCUAUCUCUGUACUGGAGAUGAUCGAAACUGAUAUCCAUCUUCUCAUCCGACUCUAGGGAACAUGACAAACUAAAAAUACUUCCCAAAAUGUUGAAUUUGCUAUUAUUAUCAUCAUCACAAUUCCUCAGUACUACACUGCGAAAACUUCCAUCAAACCUGCAGAGUCAUGCCUGCAGUUUGUUCUUGUUGUAAUUCUGCUUUGCUAAGACAUAAAAAAUGGCCACGGGUGAUUUCUGUUUGACGGAGGCACUGAUGAGCUGUGACUCUGCAUUAGUGGGGAUGAUUAAUGCAUUCUACAUACUGUAUGUGUAACACUUAAUAUUCACUACAUGUAACAUCCAUUGCUACGUGUUGGAGGAUAUUUUCAUUCUUCAUUAUCAACCGCAGUUCAGUUCAGGCUUGUCACCAAAUUAUCUUAUUUUCAUGCAAAAAUAAGAAGCAAUAGUGAGAAUGAUUUCUGUGGAAGCAAAAUUCCUUUUUGAUUUAUUUCCUUCUUUUCUGUUUUUUUAUUUGAUUGUUUCCACGUUUAUUUUGACAAUCUUCAAUUGUGAUCUAUUUUUGAUAAAAUAAAUAUUUUAUCCUGAUCAGCUUCACUCUUCAUGUGUCUCAGACGACUGCACAUGCAGAUGUGUCAUUUUUCUGUUUCUUGUUGGUUUUUCAUGUGCCAUAAAUAUUUCCACAUGACUGUAAGACUGGAUUUAGACUGUGUGUCUGUGGAGGUGUGUAAAUGUGUGUGUUGUUGGGAUAAAAUGCCAUCACAUCUGUUUUACCUUCAUCCACCCAGUGGUCACUCUGUGAAUUGGUUAGUCACUUGUGUUCUUCUUUGAGAAAAACACAAAAGGGAAAUUUCUCCCGUUGCAUAUUAUUUGGUUUCAAGAUGGCGGCCACUAGUUUUGGAUUUAUUAGAAAGAAUACCGUUAAGUCGUCUGCGUAGAUGGAGAACUUUAUUCAAUACAAUCGAAUCUUACACAACACAGAAACGUCUGCUUUGUGUCAAAGGCAGAGCAACAACCACAUUAGCUUUGCCGCUAAAGUCUCCUUCUGUUACUAACUUACAAACACGAAUACACUUAUAUAUAAUACCACUUAUAUACAUCUCCUGGUCAUAAUGUGACAAAACAUUUCACUUUUGAUAAUCAACACCUUGUCAUCACCUCUUAAUUGCAGUUUGUACCUCACAACUACAAAGUCUGCUUCAUCAGUUGGCACCAACAGCAAACUCACACUUUGAAAGAAAGAAACUCAGUCAAAGACGAAGAAGUAACAGAAUAAACAUUUACAUUCACAUCACGUUGUGUGACAGUCAGUGUUGUUUGAAGGGAAUAUGAUUGUGUCGUCAGCAAAAUAUGAAAGUAUGACAAAUCCUGAAAGUAUGGUAUUACUAAUGUCUGCCUAGUUCUCUGUAAUUUGACUGUAGGAUUAUAGUAACAUGAUGAGUUACAAUACACUAUAAUAUAUAUUUAUGUAUUUAUUAUGCUUUUAUUAUGGGCUGACCAAGACUGAAGAUUUCAACUUUGUUGUAGGAAGAAAUGAACUUAACUAACAUUGGACGAUGUAACCAUUGAACAUAAUGUAGGUUCAGCAGAAUUGUCCAAUAUCAACGUCCUUAAAUUUAAAAUCUAAAGACCUGGAUUUUAUUUGGGGAAGUUCAGGUCAUACUAUCUUAUUCUGUAUCCACAAUAUAUCCAUAACUGUGUAAAAAUAAUUAAAGAAAUGGUCGAUUUAUAUGUGGCAAUUUGUAACCAUAAAAGAUUUACUUUUAAAAGGUAAACAAAUUAGUUAAUGAAUUGCUAACUGAUUGAUAACAUUUGUUUUGUCUCCGACUUUUAAAACCAAACCGACAGCCUUGAAUAAUUUAAACAAAACCAUAACAACGUUGGUAUCUCGAGGGGCGCAGAGUAUGAAAUUGAAAUGCUAAGUUGUGAAACGCUUCAUAGGUUCGGGUUAGCUGCAUAUUAACUGCCGAAAGAAAACCAGCAGAUGUCACUUAGAAACAUGCAGUUACCACAAUUAUUCAUCAAUAAGCAAUAAUGCAUGAAAAGAACAAUAUCAUCAGCAAAGAGGUGAUUUGUCUGGUUGUCCAUAUAUGUGCAUACAAAGUUAUUAGUGCCUUAAUCAUAACCUGAUUCAGUUUAUAACCCUGUCAAAUGCAUCUGUACCAUAGAAGAAGAAAGCUUGUAUUUAUAUUAGCUCUGUAGGGAUGCAAUCGACUGGUUGCACAUAGAAAUUAUGUAUUGUAAAUUAAUGUAUUGAAUGUACAGUAAGACGUCUUCCUGGUUGUGUUUUGAGAGGAAAUAAAAUAAAUCUUUCUUUUUGAUUGAAGAACAAAGUGGACAAGACUACUGAUAUUGUUUUUAGGCCAGUUUUCUUGGCAAGAGUAAAUAAUAUACAUGAUCAGAUCUUUGGGGAAUUCAUAAUCUCCAGAUAAAUAAUGUGUUUUAAUAAACUGCAAGUAUUUUCUGGAUAGUUGUCUGAAAAUAUGAAUGAAAAAUAUGGCACCACAACAACAUAAUUUGACAUCCUGGGAAAAUAAAUUCAAUUGUGAUCUUAAGACUUAGGUAAAUUGUGAGGUUGUGAUUACAGGCCUAAAAGAAUAUUUGUCCACUUUGAGCUUCUGUAGCUGCUUUGUUUUGUGUAGAUUACUUACAUUCCUCACCUGUCUCACUACAGUUUGUUCUUUGGCGGCUCAUGAAAGUAAAACUGUUGACUGUGAACUUUAUCAUGUCUUCAUUUUGGGCAUUUUCAUACAAUCUGCCAUUUUAUUUUUUUACUUGAGUACAUUAUUUUUGUCUGGGUGCUAUGUAAUGACCAAUGUUAGUAAUGUUACUGAUAACUAAGACAAGUGAAAGUUCAUUAAGAUAUAACUGUAACUACACCGACAUCAGAUCACAUAACACUGAAGUAGAAACUAUUCAAAUCUAACGUUUGGACUCAUUUUCUCUUUCUGUGACUUCUCUUCAUACAUUUUGUGUUUCACAAACUGAGCUAAACAUAAAACUCCUUCAGUUUAAAAAAAUAUUUACUGACUAACUUAUUUCAGGACUUUCGACAACAUCUCUUACGGUGCGUUCACACCAGAUGGGAAGCGAAUAUUCUGCGAAAGUUGAUGUUUAUAAAUGUAUGUGUACGAACCAUAGAGGGUCGAUUGUAUAAACAAUAAAGUCGCUGCUGUAUUUAUGUCUAGAUGAUGAUAUUUUGAGUGUUGAUAGAUCAGCUACAACGUUAGCUUAGCAUUGCCCUGAGAGAACCGAUCUCCAUUCAGAAAACAAGCAUUUUAAAGUUGUCUGCUUGUCGUCAGACCUGACAAAACAUUAAUUCAGGCUUUUUACUAAUCGGUAUCAUUAUGUAGUUAUUUCUCCUUUUUAUAUGUUUAUUGCCAUUAAAUCACAACAAAAUCUGUUAACUUUGGGUUCAUACCUCAAGAUUAUUCCAGACAGUGAACACAUCUCGGUGAACUUCACUGAUCUGACAACAAGAUGAUCCGAUUAAACACAAAGGACACUGAAAUGAAGCCUUAAACCUGCAUCUUCCUUAACAUCCAGCAGGGGGUGAAAGGAGUCAGAUUGUAUAGAAGUCUAUGAGAAAAUGUUUCUGCUUAACGGGAAGCGAAAAUUAGUUUCUCGUUCGGUGUGAACGCAUCAUUAAGACUUCGAGUUCCGACUGAAACAAGACUGAGAGAAAGAUCGCAAAAAAUAAUGAAAAAUAAUUAUCGUAGACCUUUACCGGCAUGAGUGUAACAAAUGCAACUUGUCUCCGUGUGUUUGAGGUCCGUCCCGUGUUCAUGCACUGUGUUUGUCUCAAGGUGUUUCCUGCUGCUGAUACAACCUCAACUUGUGUCCUCGGUGUUUAAAAUCUCAAAUUAUAUUUUAUUUUUGUUAACCUGAGUGUGUUUGUAUUUCACUGUAUGACAGGUAUAAAGUAAAAUAGCAAGUCCUUCAUAAUGUAUUAUAUGUUUGGCUUGGGAUCGUAUAUAAUAUGCACAACAGUCAUUCAGGAUAGUUGUGACUAAGUGUGGCCUUUUCUUUCUCUGUAAUGUUCUGCAAUGUUGUAAAGGAUUUGUAUAAUAUGACAUAAUGUAUAUUAACGAGGCUUUAUGUUUCUACCACCUAUGUUUAAUAAAUAAAUGAACUGUGA